UCACGGUUUAAUUACUUUGAACGUAACAAUUAAAAGUUUACAACACCAAUGCAUCUUCAAUAAUUUAUAAUUAAAUUGAAAGAUAACAUCAGCAAACCUGCACAUGGCAAUUAGAGACGGUUAAAAGUUUAAUAACAUACUUAUGCAGGUUGAUCGUAAGGCGUUCGAUGUAUAUUUAGUAAGCCAGAAGCUCCCGCGGAGAGAACACGCGUCCCGUACCCCCAUGUAACCGAACACGUGCUUUUACGAAAAAAAAACAAUAGAAAAAUAAUGACAAGAAGCGACUAAAAAUUACAAUAAAUUAAUGUGUUAUCAAGAUAAAACCAAAUGACGUUACCUGCUUCCAAUUUUAAAAGUGGAAUAAAAUUGCAAAAUUUUGUAAAUGAAACAUUCAACAUACAACAGAAAAGGAAAUCCGACCGGAAUACAUACACCCAGAUGGCCUUUUAACCUUUGACCCGUACCUAUCAGACAUAAAACCAGAAGCCGAAGAUGAUGACUACAUACCACUGCCUGAAAACGACGAAACAAUAGACGGUCUACCAAUAUUCUUAAUUGAACCAAAAAACGCAUAUGUUAUGAGAACAAAACCAGCCAGUCUCCUAUGCAGAGCAGCUAAUGCUUUGGAAGUGUUUUUCAAAUGCAAUGACGCUAGAAGUAACAAAGCAGUGCAGUUUGAACACGUCGAUCCUCAGAACGGUGUGAGGGUAGUGGAAGCUGAGUUAAAUGUGACCAAAAAUGAGAUUGACGAUUACUACGGCGGCAAAUUCGGAUGCGAAUGCCUUGCUUGGAAUAGUAAAGGAAGAAUUAGGAGUCAGGCGGUGUUCAUUGAAUAUGCAUACAUCAAGAAACAGUUUGUCCAGCAUCCACAAUCAGUGACGAUCGAGGCGGGGCACAGCGUGACGCUGCGUUGCGUGCCACCGCAAGCGGCGCCGCCGGUGGAACUCAAGUGGACAAGGAACGGAGUACCCCUAGACGUUAAGGAGAAUAUGCUACAGCUAACAAAUAUUGGGUUACAGGAUAUGGCCAACUAUACAUGCGUCGCUGAGAACAUUGCAGGCCGCCGGGAGUCUGAUGUUGCUGUCAUAUCAGUAUAUGUGAAUGGCGGCUGGUCGGACUGGUCGCCCUGGCUUCCGUGCCGCUGCGGCACCGCUACCAGCGGCCGCCGCCGCACCAGAACCUGCACCGAGCCUGCCCCGGCCAAUGGCGGGGCACCCUGUAGAGGUCAACAGUCCCAGAAUGAUGAGGACUGCCUGAGCUGUCAAAAUGGAGCUUGGUCUGCCUGGGGCGGUUGGUCGUCUUGCAGCGAGGACUGCAUGAGGGUUCGACGGCGGCAGUGCAUCAGUGGGCUGGUCUCGUCUUGUUCAGGCACGAGUCUGCAGCACGCCGCCUGUGUUGAUGGAUUGUGUUCUACUGGGAUGAGGGUGAGUAAGAACAACCUCUCUCUCUACAUCGGCAUUGGUAUGACUGUUGUCAUUUUGGUGGUGGCGGCCGCCAUCUUCUACGUUUGGUGUAGAUACAGAAACUCAAGGCCAGGCUACAUUGCUGCGAGGUCAGGUAUCCCAAAGACGUAUCCGACCCGGGACAAAGCGGUCUCCGGGCCAGAUGUUACCAGGUCCUGCAACGAGUACUGGAUGCAGGGCCCUGACAACCAUUACGAUAUGCCGCACGUGCGAGACAGCUAUUCGUCGCCCUUCGGCAACCGGACCCGGCAACCCUCGUCGGCCGGAAGCAACCACUACGAGAUGAAACCCUACAGCCCUUCCGGCGACUCCGCGUCUAGUUGCUACACGAACUCCAGAACAAUGACGUCACGCUCCAGCGAGUGCUCCUCCCAGCUCGCUGAGUUGGUGACGUCAUCACCCAGCUCCGCGAAAGUCGACGUCGCCGUCACGCUCCCGGCAGUUCCUCUGGACUCCAGUUACAGGGAGAAGAUAUGCCUUACUGUUGUCAAAUAGACUGUUGUUACGUAGUAUCAGGGUGAAAUAUAAUGUAAAAGCUGUAUUUGGUUCGUUUCCAACCAAA